ACGGAUAGAGAAGAGUGAAGAGUUGAAGAAUAUAUGUGGCAACUACACUACAUGAUACUCUUCUCCAUUGUUGCAAGGAUAGCGAGGAUGGCCCCACAAGAGUGUUUAAGGACACAGUUGCAAAUAAUUGUGUGAUUUGUUGGGUCUCUCUGUCUUCGGAGUGGUUGAAGUUAACUGUGGAUCGGUCACGGAUUAGUGUUUUAGUUCACGAGGAAAAGGGUCACUGGAUAAGCUUUUGUAAUAAAGAAAGAAUCGUUGUGAGAGAAGGGAAAUGGAGACACUGAAUCACAAGUCUAUUGAGAGAGUGGUUUCUCAGAGAGCCUUCCAAAUGGGUACUUCGUUUCCUUGUCAAAUUUGUGUGGUGGGAUUUCUGUGUGGAGUAUGCCUCACCACUUUGUUCUUGGCUGCUUUGACUUCCUUUGGCACCUUUCAGUUUGGACCCAUUUCAUUUUCAACCUUGUCUAUGGCUAAUUCAUCAGGGAAUUCUACUUCUAAUGGUGUCAGUGAGUCGAGCUCCUCCUUCGUUUCAACCACUUCUUAUUUAUUCUUUUAUUUCUUUAUAUUGUUUUGUUUUUAUGGUAAUGGGGUGCUUUUUCCUGAAUUUUGAAACUGGGUUAUGGAGAACCAAUUUUAUUUUCCUUUUUUUCUUCCUUCUUUUGUAUUUUUUUUAAGAUAAAGAAUCGAGUUUAUUAUGAGUUCCUAACCUUUUCUUAAAGUUUGUUGUAUUCAAGGACGUUUAUCAAUGAAGCGAACUUGAUGAGAACGAGUUAGGCUUGGGCAUGACGCAACUUUAAUGGAUACUUAAAUUACUUUCUUUACGUUAAGCACACUCUAAUAACCUCUUUUUUGACUUGGACUGCAUUUGCUAGAGACUAUACAUUGUUUUGUUGCAUAAGCAGUACUAUUACAUUUAUGACAUUCAUGUAGUCACUAUUUAUAGUAGAACGAUACACGUAGAAGUGAUGACAGUGAUGCACUAACGUAUUGAUCAAUCUAAUUAUUAUGGGUAGGUUAAAUUUAAUUAACGGUGGAAUGUGUUUUCUUGGUUUUCUUAGAUAUGGUCACAAGUUCGGACUGCCAUUUUAAACUUAAGGAAACUGAGAGAUUACAGGAUACAAAGAUCAGUAGAGAGCGAGAUGAUGAUGAUGAUGAGAGAGUCUCAUUACUUUUUUCAGCUUGGAGUGAUGCGUUGAAUGAAUCCAUAAGUGGUGAUAGAGAGUACUUGCAGAAACAUGGAAUUAGUGGGUCCAGUUUGCCUAAUGCCCCACAUUUGGAAAAUUGCAAGUUGAAAACACAGCUAUAUGGUUAUCUUGAUAAGCGAACGGGAAAUGAGAGCUUCCCACCAUGGACAAGCUGGAAGGGAUUUUUGCAGAAAUUCCCUGUUGCUGCAUUCAAUGGGCAGAUGCAAAAUCUUAGGCACCAAGCUGCAUCUGAGGGGGCUUAUCCACCUUGGAUUGCAGGAUCCGAUGGAGAAAACUAUCCCUUGACUAGAAAAGUGCAGCGUGACAUAUGGAUCCAUCAGCAUCCUUUAAACUGUAGCAGCCCAAAUGUGAAGUUUCUUGUUACUGACUGGGAGAAAUCACCUGGAUAUGGUAUUGGGGCUCAGAUUGCUGGGAUGUGUGGACUUCUUGGAAUCGCAAUCAAAGAAGGAAGAGUCCUUGUUACUAACUAUUAUAACAGGGCUGAUCAUGGUGGUUGCAAAGGUUCUUCGCGGUCUAGUUGGAGUUGUUACUUCUUUCCAGAAACAUCCUUAGAAUGCCGUCAGCGUGCAUAUGAACUCAUGAAAAGUGAGGAGGCAUGGAGUAAGGGAAUUGUGACCACAAAAGAAAAUUAUACAUCUAAGCAUAUAUGGGCUGGACCUACUCCUAGGAAAUGGGGACUUCCAUGGGAUUAUUUGCAACCUACAACUGAUAUAAAUGGGACUUUGUUAGCUUCUCAUAGAAAAAUGGAUAGACGGUGGUGGAGAGCACAGGCAGUACGCUACUUAAUGAGGUUCCCAACCGAAUACACAUGCAAUUUAAUGAAUGAGGCCCGCCAUAUUGCCUUUGGAAAAUUAGCUGCAAAGAUGGUUCUUCAAAGCCUUGCUGGGGACUGGCCAAAGGAAAGCGGUGCAAAGCCAAGAUCUGAUAUUGAUGAAUAUGUGUGGUCCAAUCACAAGCCAUGGGUCCCUAGGCCUCUUCUAGGUAUGCAUGUAAGAAUGGGAGACAAAGCAUGUGAAAUGAAGGUGGUUGGAUUUGAAGAGUACAUGCACCUUGCUGAUCGGAUUAGGAGGCAUUUCCCAUACCUUACUAGCAUUUGGCUGUCCACUGAGAUGCAGGAAGUCAUUGACAAAACCAGAGAGUAUUCUCAUUGGAAUUUUCACUAUACAAGGGUAAAACGCCAAUUUAGGACUAACAUGUCAAUGGCUGAUUAUGAAGCCAGCCUUGGAAGGGAAACCAGCACAAAUUAUCCACUAGUUAAUUUCUUGAUGGCUGCUGACUCAGAUUUUUUUGUUGGGGCAUUGGGUUCUACGUGGUCUUAUCUUAUAGAUGGAAUGAGAAAUACUGGGGGGAAGGUAAUGGCUGGAUACUUGAGUGUCAACAAGGAUAGAUUUUGGUAGAGUUACGUCUGUAAAUUAGAUCAUUGCUAACUGUGAUAGUAAUACGAUUCUUUGUGUGUAUAAUUAUUGUACAUAUGCCAAAAUAAAACAGCACGAUCUCUAUUUUCAAAUGAUGAAAGAAUCAAAAUACUUUAUC